UUUUCAUUUUCAAGUAACAUAAUUGAGCGACAGUUUGGAAAAAAUUGCUUCUUUUUUUUCAAAAAUGUCUCACUUAUCGUUCUUUUCACUAUUGAAUGCUUGUCAAUGUAGAGUUGCUAAAUAUAUAGAGCACUUCGAGUCAUUUCGAAUCCGCCAUAUUUCAUCUGUCAGAGAGGUUAGCUAUGUUGUACACUUUGGUGAGACGAUAUCUCUACUCCAUAAUGCCAUGUUGCUAUGUUAUUGCGAGAAACAUGUUAGAGCGUCCUCGCUUUCCGAUACGGUAAACGUUAUUGCGCGGCGAGUGGUAUGUAUCGUGAGAUAUCUGUAUGAGAGUGCGCGUCAUCAAGCCCAAUGGCAAAACCGGAGCGGCUCCGCUUCACAAUUUUAGAUGACUUGAUACUGCUGCGGGAGGUCUCGGGACAAAACCCGUACGAGGAGAGCGACAGGUGGAAGAUCGUCGCGGAGCGAGUUGUGAAGGCAACACAAAAGAACUUCAGUUUACGCUGCGUUAAAGAGCAUGUCGAUCAUCUUUUGAAGAUUUGGGCUAGAGAAGGCCGCGCACACCUGAGGAAGUCAGGCACUGAGGAACAAUACAAUGAGAAGGAGCAACUUCUUCAACAAGUGCAAGAUUUGCAAAAGGAGUUCAGACGUACCAGCAAGAGUGGCAACUCUAAUGCACAGAAGUCUGCGUCACAAGCAAGGGAUGUCACAUUUGAAGUGGAGAACAUUUUUGACAAUUUGGAGGUGAUAAUAGAAGAACCAGCAGUAGGAAUGUCCAUAUCUUCGUCGCUUCCAUCAUCGACGUUUUUACCAGUCGCAUUGCCAUCACCAACCUUAUCGUCGUCGUCAUCCUCGUCGAACCCAUUAACCUCAGCCAGCCCAUUGCGAUCGCCAAAUACAUCACCAUCUAGAACUGGUGGACCGAUUAGAAACAAGACACGACGUGAUGGAUUGAGAAAGUCAACAUUACAAUUUCUGCAAGAGAGACACAAGAAAGAGGUAGAAUUUCAAGAGAAACAAUUCCAUUUGGAAGAAAGGAGAAUACAACUUGAGGAGGAAAAAUUCAGAAUGGAGAGAAGAGAACGUGAAGCUAGACUGGAAUUAGAAAUUGAAGAAAGAAGACAGAGAAUUGCUGUGUCAAAGCAAAAACAGGAGAUUCUGGAAAUAUUGUUGCAAUUAAUACAUAAACCUUAAUUAUUUUUGUAAAUGAUAG